UCAUGAACACAUACCACGCUGCGCAUUGGUCCGAUCUCUCAUACUCCUCGUCACAGGAGGACGAAUGCCGUUACACCAUCGUUCCAAUGUUUUUUUCAUCUACAUACUGUGAAAGAGUAUCAAUGUAUUUCUGAGAACACUGUACUCUAUGUAAUACAAGGAAUCCAAAGGCUCCUGGUUAAGGCUCCUUUAAGCCUGGUGCCCUAACCCCUGUCUGUCUUCUCUGUCUGCACCUUAGGUGGUCUCAAUAUCCAGCCUGCUACUCACAGAGCUGAGGUCAGCUGCAGUUUCACAGCCCACCCCUACAUAUAUAAAUACCAAUGGUAUUUCAGGCUGGCCUCCCCAUGGUGCUGGUAUCUGGAACCUCAAGAUGUAGGCCCUUGAUGAACUCAAACCCCAGAAGGCAUUGGCAUGAUAAUGGACUUGAGGCCCAACCAAGGCAGAAGCAGCUGGAAUCUUGACAGUGCUGUUAUCCAUAAAAGCUCCAGCAGCAGCAGACAAUUGCACCAACCACUGACCUCCAGGCAGGAACUCAACAGACUCGACCAGCAGUACUCGCCUUCGGACCAUCUCUCUCUCUCACUCACUGCAGGAUGGCAGGUCCUCUCUUGGCAGGCAGGCAUGAGACUCUCCCCGGGCCGAUGCAGGUUGCCCAACAGAGGGUCAAUGAACGAGGCCAGUGGGAGAACAAAUUUGAGUUUAUUCUAACUGUGGCUGGCGCAAUUGUUGGACUUGGAAAUAUAUGGAGAUUUCCCUAUCUUUGUUACAAGAACGGUGGGGGUGCGUUCUUCAUCCCGUACAUCCUGUACCUGGUGACCUGUGGCAUCCCUCUGUUCAUCCUGGAGACGGCUCUGGGACAGUACACCAGCCAGGGGGGCAUCACCUGCUGGAGGAAAAUCUGCCCGCUGUUUGAGGGAAUGGGCUAUGCCGCCCAGGUGAUCACUAUAUAUGGAUGUAUGACCUACAUAGUGAUUCUGGUGUGGGCUUUCCUCUACCUGUUCUCAUCCUUCACUGCUGACCUGCCAUGGGCUAACUGCAACAAUGCUUGGAACACAGAUUUUUGUGUGACAUUUGGCACCAGGAAUGCCAGCACUAAUUGGACUGUUCCACUCCUGAAUGUGUCAUCUUCCGUUGUGGAGUUUUGGCACCGGCGAGUGCUGAGAAUGUCAGAUGGAAUUGAGUCAUUGGGAGGCAUUAGAUGGGAGCUGGCUCUGUGUCUUCUGCUGUCCUGGGCCAUCUGCUACUUCUGUAUCUGGAAAGGAGUUAGGUCUACAGGGAAGGCAGCCUACUUCACGGCCACCUUCCCCUAUGUAAUGCUAGCGGUGCUAUUUGUCCGAGGAGUGACCCUUCCAGGAGCUAAAGAUGGCAUAUUCUACUACUUGUAUCCCAAUGUUACACGCCUAGCUGAUCCACAGGUUUGGAUGGAUGCAGGAACCCAGAUAUUCUAUUCUUACGCCAUAUGCCUGGGCUACCUGACCUCUCUUGGAAGCUACAACAAAUACAACAACAACUGCUACAAAGAUUCCUUCUACCUGUGCUUGUUGAACAGUGGGACCAGCUUUGUGUCUGGUUUCGCCAUUUUCUCCAUACUGGGUUAUAUGGCUGGAGAACAGGGUGUGGACAUCUCUGUGGUUGCUGAGUCAGGUCCUGGCCUGGUCUUCAUAGUGUACCCUCAGGCAGUGUCCCUGCUCCCCUGCCCUCAGUUCUGGGCUGUCUGCUUCUUCACCAUGAUCAUCCUGUUGGGAGUAGAUAGCCAGUUUGUCGCCCUUGAGAGCCUUAUGACCUCCGUAACGGACUUCUAUCCCAACCUCAUCAGAAAGGGCUACCGGAGGGAGCUUCUGCUGCUGCUCAUCUGCUGCUGCUGCUACCUGGUCGGUCUCAUCAUGAUCACAGAGGGUGGCCUCUACAUCAUCCAGCUGUUUGAUCAUUAUGUGUGCAGUGGUGCCACUCUGCUGCUCCUCUCCAUAUGCCAGUCACUCAGUAUUGGAUGGAUAUAUGGUGCUGAACGCUUCUGUGACAACAUUGAGGAUAUGAUUGGCUACAGGCCCUCCUCCCUGCUGAAGUACUGUUGGCUCUACAUUACUCCAACUAUUGGCACCGUAACCUUUGUAUUCUCGCUGCUGAAGUACAGCCCUCUGAAGUUCAACAACACCUAUGUGUACCCGUGGUGGGCCUAUGGGCUAGGCUGGAUCCUGGCUAUGUCCUCCCUCUCUCUCAUCCCCAUCACCAUGGUCUACAAACUGUACCAGGCCAAAGGGACUUUCUGGCAGCGCCUCCAGACAGUCUGUCGGCCAGCAGAUGACCUUCCUAUGAUGAAGAAGGAGAUGGCAGGUCUCUAUGCUCUGGACCGUGUAACUGAAGAUGAGAAGACCUACAACAAUAAUCUAUAGACUGACUGUUCUGCUAUUACUUUUCGGGCCGGUUUCCCAGACCGAGAUUAAGCCUAGUCCUGGACCAAGUAUUAUUUACCAUGCUUUUCAGUCCAGGUGUAGGCUUAAUCUGUGUCUGGGAAACCAUCCCUUUAUAUUCUAUUAUACUCUAUUUUUGUAACUUUUUUAGUAAGGAUUUUGGUUUUUGUGGGUUUAAUACAGUUGAAACUGGUCAGAGUUGUGCUUGAGGUAUUGGUAUUGUGUUUGGAUUGCAGUAUAGUUCAUAUUUUUGUAUUUUGUAUUAACUGAACAUUUGUAGCAUAAUGUGUCAAAUCAUAGCAAAAUAUUUUUCUUAUAUGAUUCAAAUAAUUAGUUGUAGACCAUUCAUAAAUAAGAUAUACCUAGAACACCUAAACAUUUUUGACCAGUUUCCCAGACUAAGCCUCGUCCUAUGCUAAAAAGCACUUUCAAUGGCAAAUCUUCAUUGAGCAUGCUUUUUAGUCCAAGUCUAGGCUUAAUCUGUAUGUAUACACUCUGUAUACAAUAGGUAAUCAAUCCAAGACAUUGACGUUUACCUUUUUAUUUUACUGGGGAAAUGAACAUUACACCCUGUACUUUACUGACUUUAUUGUCCCCAUGGGGAAAUUUUGUUGCAGUGUCAUGUACACGUUUAAUGAACUCUUUGUAAUUAACUAUUCUUAUUUGAAGAACCAAAAUGACCAGCCUCACGAUCGAAUUAUUAACAAUAGUGUAAUAAACCCCUGUGCACAAGGUCACGAAAAGAUAAUGCAUUGCAGUCUACUGGUAAACUCCAAAGCCAUUCUGAUGUAUUUAUGGCCGUGUCUAGACUUGACACUUCAUGCAGCUACAUACACCUACAUUUUAGUUGUCUACCGUGUCCACUGCGUGUCCAGAUUCCCUUUUCCCACGCUAUAUUUAAAUGCCAGUAUGCAUUCUACAAAUGGUAGAAUAGGCUAAAUAUGUCAAGAACAACCACUGAUGGCAGUAGCUAACUACUGUAGCUAACUAGCCAGCUAACCUCUGUAGCUAGCAAGCAACGCUAAAGGGAUUGAAAACAGGUUAGCAUAACACUAGCCUAUCAAAAAAAAAGUUUUUCUAAAUAUUAGCUAGCUGGCUAGCAUUUAUGAGUCCAGCAAACACGUUCCUCAUUCUAGGAGCUUAUUUCCUCCAACGUUAUAAUGGAAAGUUGCCUCUUUCCCAAAACGCAAGUUUUAUGGAGACUUGUGGGAGGAGUGCUGAUGACGUUGCCCACUGUAUGUGCUUUCGGUAGCCUUAUUGCGUCUAGACUGAGGAGAAAUCCGCAGACAAUGCAUCCCUGACCACCUAAAGUGGUCAGACACAUCUGAACACAAUCAGACCAUAAAGCGACUUUUGUGCGUCUAAACCCAUCUUUUCAAUGCUAUCUUCGUAUUCUGAUAGAAGUCAAGUGUAGACACAACCUAUCUUGGUAAACUGUUGGUCUUGCGAUAAAAUACUCUGCUGUGGAAGAUUUGUAUGUAUUUUUUAGAAAGUCAACAAGUACACCUUGGACAUUGUGUAUAUACAGUGCACAAAACAUUAGGAACACCUUCCUAAUAUUGAGUUGCACCCCUUUUACCCUAUGAACAGGUGCAAGCUUUUGGGGCGUGGACUUUACAAGGCGUUGAAAGCAUUCUGGCCCAUGUUGACUACAAUGCUUCCUACAGUUGUUAAGUUGGCUGGAUGUCCUUUGUAUGGUUGACCAUUCUUGAUACACAAGGAAAACUGCUGAGUGUGAAAAACCCAGCAGCGUUGCAGUUCUUGACACACUCAAACCGGUGUGCCUGGCACCUACUACCAUACCCGCAAAUAUAUGUGAACUUUCCUCCACAUCUAAAUGUGAUGAGUUUGCAGCAUAUUUCAGAGAGAAAACAUUAGGCUGGGUAUCAGUCAAGCAAGACCCGAUGAGAAGUGUAUGUGCCCAGGCCUACCACGCAAAGACACUACGCAUGUAUUUUCUCUGGUUGACACUGACAUGCUCAAGAAAGUGAUAUCACAAUUUAAGCCUUCUACCUGCCUUCUCAAUCCUAUCCCCACCAACAGUUUUUAAUUGCAUAUCUGAAGAAGUGCAAGCUAUUGUUAAUCAAGUGAUUAACAUGUUCACAGGCACUUUCCCUAAUGCACUAAAAACUGUUAUGGUGAAACCCCUUCUGAAGGAAAGUAAUCUAGAAUCUUCAGCGCUUAACAAUUUUCAGCCAAUCUCCAAUCUAAAAUUCAGGAGAAAUGGGUUUUCAAACAGCUAAAUUAUUUUUUUUAAGAGCCAAAUGUAUUUUUGAAAAACUCCAAUCUGGUUUUCAUGCCCACCACAGCACAGAGACCGCCUUAGUUAAAGUGGUAAAUGAGCUUAGAGCCAACACGGAUGCCAAACAGCUCACUGUCCUUGUACUCUUGGAUUUAAGGGCUGCAUUCGACACUGUUGUCCACCCUGAAGUCCUGGACAGACAGGCGAGGUGGGUUGGCCUCUCCAGUCCAUUUCUAAAUUGGUUUAGGACCUAUUUAACCUGAGUUUUUUUGUCACCCUUGGUGAACAUAACUCAGAGCAAAUACAUAUUACAUGUGGCAUUCCACAAUCUUCGAUUUUCGGUCUGGUACUGUUCAGUUGAUAUAUGUUACCCCUUUCCAGCGGUAUCAGAAAGCACAGCAUUGAUUCGCAUUACUACACAGACGAUACACAACUUUAUAUUCCUGUGUCACCGGAGGAUUUUAGCUCCACGGAUAAAUUAUUAGACUGUAUUAGUGAUUUAAAUACUUGGAUGGCUCACAACUUCCUCCAGCUAAAUCAAUACAAGACCAAGGUACAUAUUGUUGGAGCCAAAGCACAGAGAGAAUCUGACCUCGCAUUUGAAUUCACGGGCAAUAAAGACAAAACACCAGGUGAAAAACGAAGGUGUCGUUUUAGAUUCUGAACUCAAUUUCCAGUCAUUAGAAAUGUGACAAUCACUUUUUACCACCUGAGGAACAUUGCCACAGUGUGGCUUUUUCUAUUUCAGGCUGAUACAGAGAGACUCAUCCAUGCUUUUAUUACAAGCAGGCUUGAAUACUGUAAUGCUCUCCUGUCUGGUCUACCCAAGAAACCAUUGGUCAACUGUGGAACAUACAGAAUGCUGCAGCACGGGUACUGACCAAGACUGGAUGGAGAGCAUACAGUCUGCCAGAGAACCUGAGGGGCACCAAAACUGUGGACAUAUUUAAAAGAGAUCUUUAAACACACCAUUUUAGCUUUGCUUUUCCUUAGGGUGCUUUUUAGUCAUUCAGUUUUUAUUUUUCUUAUUUUUUUUAAUCCUCAUGUUUGUGUACUAAAUAUUGAAGUUUUUAUUUUCAUAGUUUGAAUUUUUUUCCUGUGAAGCACUUUGCGUUCCAUGUCUGAAAUGUGCUGUAUAAAUAGCUUGAUUUGAUACUUCGUAUUUCGUUCAAUUCACCAUCUGAAUGGCACAUCUACAAUCCAUGUCUCAAUUGUCUCAAGGCAUAAAAAUCCUUCUUUAAACUGUCUCUUCCCCUUCAUCUACACAGGUGACAUCACUGGCCUGGAUUCACCUGGUCAGUCUGUCAUGGAAAGAGCAGGUGUUCCUAAUGUUUUGUACACACAGUGUAUGUCAUAUCUACUAUCAAUGUGGAAAUGUACUAUUUUAACUAAUACUGUUUUUUAUGAUUUGCAUGAACCUUUAUGUAAUAAAACACUUUAAAACAAAA